AUGCCAGCUGUCGGCGAUCAACAUCGCGGCGGACCCACUGCCAUUAACAUGCCCAAUGGAGCAGGUCCCGUCAUUACGAACCCCUUCGAGGAACCCGAACGCCGGAUGAGCGAGUACACUGCCAUGCAAAUUGCCACCCUCCAAGCACGACUGGAUAGGAAACUUGGACCCGAAUACAUCUCCGCGCGACCUGGUGCCGCGGGCCAGAAAGUGCAUUAUCUGUCGGCGGAUAAAUGCAUUAACCUUGCAAACGAAGUGUUUGGGUUUAAUGGCUGGUCGAGCUCGAUUCAGAGGGUUGAUAUUGAUUUUGUUGACGAGAAUGAAAACACGGGGAAGGUUAAUCUUGGUUUAUCAGUUAUUGUGAGGGUUACGCUCAAAGAUGGGUCUUUUCACGAGGAUAUUGGCUACGGUCAUAUCGAGAAUUGCAAGGGCAAAGCAGCCGCAUUCGAGAAAUCCAAGAAAGAGGGGACGACAGAUGCCUUGAAACGUGCCCUGAGGAACUUUGGAAAUGUUUUGGGAAAUUGUGUUUAUGACAAAGAUUACCUUUCCAAGGUCACCAAGAUAAAGACUGCGCCUGCCAGAUGGGAUGUUAAUGACCUCCAUCGACAUCCGGAUUUCGCACCAAUCAAAAAAGAACAAGCCCCGAAUAACAGAGUAAUGGAGGAUGAUGACUUGCCUCUUCCACGCCCCGCUGAGCCUGCGAGAAGCAGUGCUCCUAGUCAUACUACUGCAUUUGAUGGCGAUGGUGAAUUUGGCAGCGAUCUUUUUGACGAAGCCGACUUCGUGGUGACGAAUACGGGCAAUCCCGAUGAGAUUGUGAUAGAAACAGAUCAGCAACCACCAACUCCCAUGAACCGUCCAUUCCCUCAACGAGCACCACCCCCGGGCCGAUUUGACUCCAAUGCCGUGACCCCUUCAAAACCUGAGAGAUGGAGCGGCACAAAUAAUCCCGCCGCAAGGCAAUCGUUACCUCCAAACGCGCGACAGAACCUAUCAUCUAUGGCCGAUCAAAGACGACCGAUGGCUGCUCCAGGUCAGCCACAUAACAUGCUCAGUGCCAGACCGACGGGUCCACCUCAACCUCAACCGAAUGCCAACGCACAACCUCCGAUCAAAAGAGAGCCCGGCCCAGCCUUCAAUCAAGACAACUCGAACCAGCCUCCACCCCCUCAAACAGUGGGAUUUUUCUCCGCCCGAGCGGCCGAUCAGCUGCGUGAUAAUCCCAACGCAGCGCCAGUACCCGGAUCACAAUUUGACCCUCACGCAGAGAGCCCAUCUAUUCGAAAAACCGCAGGAAUCGAUCACACAAAGACAGUCGCGGUAAUGAGAAGUGGAAACGGCGUCUCACCCGCCCCAGAGAAAGGACGUUCUCGCGACUUUACCAACCCUGCAACGAGUCUGCAGCACCGAGUUGGCGGCGCAGGAGCAUCACCAGGCGGAUUCGGCAGCCCAUUAUCUCGAGGCCCGUCCGUUUCGUCCUUUAAACCUUUGACCCGGCCAAGUAUCGAUCCGAAGAACGCCACCCACUCAGGCCCAGUGACCCGAGGGGCCAGCGUCCCGCCGCAAAAUCUGAACGGCAAGCGUCCGCCUUUGAGCGACGUUACCAAUGCCAAUACUUCACCUGGCACGAAUCCCACCACUGCACCUCCACCUGCUGGUCCGAAUGACCCGAAGCGGCCUCGAAUGGCAGAUGGUGCACCAGGUCAGCCACAGCCACAGCAGCAACCUCCUCGAGCUCCUCAGCAAUAA